UAUACGUUUAAAGUAAAAAUGGGAACUCUUUUAUUCUUCUAAUUACUUUUAAACAAAUUAAAGUAACAUCUGAGCAACAAGCUGCAACAGUUUUUCUCUGAUACUUGUAUACUUCUGCGGCUGCGCGCACGCCUCCAUAAAUGGACAAAGCGUUUACUGUACGACAGAGGGCGACAAUGAGUAAUCGAGACUGAAACCAACACCGAGCACUGAGAGCCUUUGACAGUGAGAAUCUCUCGAACAGAUUCAACUCUCAUAACCAAGAGACAUGACAGAGGAGUCACUGCAAACCGACUAUGGUGAAUACUAUGAAAAUGACAAUUAUAAUAAUGUUGCACAGCCAUGCAACAACCGCAACAUGAAAGCCUUCAGUGAAGUUUUUCUUCCGACUUUCUACAGCAUAGUCUUCAUCAUUGGCUUCAUCGGAAACGGCCUGGUAGUGUGGGUCCUCAUCAGAUACCGUCGCAAAUCCAAUAUGACAGACGUGUGCCUCUUAAACCUUGCCAUCGCUGACCUGCUUUUUCUUCUAUCACUUCCCUUCUGGGCUCAUUCGGCCAUGGCUGACUGGAUCUUUGGUAAAUUCAUGUGUCAUACCGUAACGGCCCUUUACACACUGGGUCUCCACGGCAGUAUCUUCUUCAUGGUGCUUAUGACAGUGGAUCGCUAUCUCAUCAUCGUCCAUCCCCACAGUAUCUUUUCCAGGAACCGCUCUGCCAAUAUGGGUUUGGUUCUGUCUUCGUUCGUGUGGAUCCUCAGCCUGUUUGCAUCUCUCCCAAAUAUAAAAAUUGCCCAUGAGUCCAAAGAGAUGAAUAAUUCAACAUAUUGCAGAUCACACUAUUCAAGUGAUGCCAUGAAGACUUUUAUUUACUUUAAGAUAAACGUCUUGAGUCUGUUUCUCCCUCUGAUUAUAAUGGGGUAUUGUUACGCACGGAUCAUCCCAACUCUGAUAAGCAUCAAAUCCCAAAAACGACACAAAAUCAUCAGACUCAUUCUGACUGUGGUGGCUGUUUAUUUCCUCUUUUGGACACCAUACAACAUUACCAUAUUCCUUUUCUUCAUGCAGACACAAGGCUACAUGCAGUCUUGUGAGUGGGAUAACAGUUUGAGUCUGACUAUGCAAUGGGUGGAGACUAUCGCCUUCAGUCACUGUUGCCUUAAUCCCAUCAUCUACGGCUUUGUUGGAGAGAAGUUCAGAAGAGAAGUUCUAAAGGUGGUAAAGGAGCAGUUUCCCAUGUGCUUCAGACAAUGCUCAUCUUUCUCACAACAGCUAUCUGAACGCAGAGCCUCGACCUUCUCAAGAUCAACUGAAAAUUCAAGUACACACAUGUAGUGCACUGCUAAUUCAGUAUGAAAUGAUAGUGUUUAUUCUUCCUGUGUAAAUACAAAGAGUAUUUUCAUUUUGAGCAACUCUUGUUCCUCUCUUUAACUAAAAGUAUUAAACAGUUAAGUUCAUCAACAAAAUCUAUAUCUAAAAUUAUUUGAUAUGUUUCCGUUUUGUUUUUGAGUGUUUUGUCAGCAUCAUGAAUGUAAAGUCUACAGGAGGCUAUGUUUGGCUGUCAGAAUUUGAUCUACGUUGUGCUCUAAAAACUGUAAUGCUCUUUUUCUGAGUAGUUUUUAUAUUUCCAAAAUCAUUUAAAAGUUUUUGAAAAUAUAUAUAUAUAUACACACAUGUUUUUUAAAUAUAUUUUUAUACAAUUGUUUUCUAUUUUUGCUUGUAGCAGUUUAGCUUUAGCUUUUUUAAGGUUGGAAUAUGUGUUAGUAUUCCUGGAAGUAUUCAAGUAAAUAAAAUGUUGCACACUGUGUCUA